AUGUCUUCAUUCAACAUUUCGGAGAAUAUGCCUUAUAUGGUAUUAACCGCUUCUUUGUUUUUCUUCCUCGUGACGAUAUUCCCCGAACACGUUCCUCUGUGCUUUGGGAUUGUUGCAACAUGCUUCUUUUUGUACUAUGUUGUGCAAAAUCUCAUUGCAGAAAUCGGCAGAAUUAGAGCCGAAAUCAAUUCUCGUGAUGCUAACUAUGUAACGGAGGCGCAGAAUAUUAUUUCCACAAUUAAUAAUCUAACUGGGGAAUAUAACGAAAUCAAACGGGUUCUAGAAACCUACCAUAAUAAUUUUAAUCAAAUUGCAACUGAAUUCGAAACAAUUGGUAGAAGCAUUGUAUCGCUCCAGAGUGAGAAUAAUCAACGCUAUGCACUUACCCAGAGCACGAACAGGAGGGGGUCUGAUCAACCAAGCGAGGCUUUGUCAUCCUCCGCCCAUUCUCAAUCUUCUACUCAUUCAUCUCCAAAUUCAUCAG